CGACCGAGUCAUGAUCCUAGGAGAUGGAGCCAAGGAGGUUCUGGAAGAGGGGAAGCAGGAGUACAUCAUCAGGACACAAGAAGGGGCAUCUUAUGGAUAAGGCAGGAAGAUCAUCAGUUGGAUUACAUGUGGUGAUAAUGAAAUUCGGCCCAGCCGUAUACACACUUUAAAUUUUCUUCUUUUACUCUUUUUGCACACUUUUUUAUUAUAAUUAUUGUUAUUAUUAUUGCCAUCAUUUUCAAAUUCAUUCAUCAUCUUUUUUUCUUGUAUUCUUCUCUUUUUUUUUGUGUUUUAUCGCUUUUUUUUCACUUUACAAAACAAGUAAUUUUUCUUUAUUCUUAAUUCUUCAAGUAUAUAACUCGAAUGCCUGUGUGUGCAAAUAAUGACCAGCGACAAAUUGCCGUUUUCGAGACCACCUUAAGCGUCCAGGAUGAUGUGCUGUCUGUCUUUCACAUUGUUAUUCAAGCACCUCAACAGUCCGUGUCUUUAAUAAGAUACCCUUUUGACUUUGCUGAAUUUCAUCAAAAGAUCAAGUUCCAUUACCCACGAUCCAAGCUACCGUUUCCUCAUCUCACGGCGCCUUCCAGCCAUUUACGUUUUCCAACCAAACCGCAUUCGUUAAAGAACUUGCUCGUCUUUCAUAAACGGAAAAGCAAUGCGGAGAAAGUGGAACAAUAUCUCCAACGGUGUUUUCAGCAUCCGAUUAUUUCCAUUUCGUCGAUUUUGCGUGAUUUCCUGAGCGUCCAACGUGACGAAGACACCUUAAUAGAAUCGACCAUCGAGCCAUCCUUGGCCAUUCCCACCCCGCGCCAUCGUUUAUCCCGUUCCUGCUCGAUCGGCACCCAUCGGCAGUCGAUUCAGGAUUCACCUGUAACACCUGUCACACCUCUUCCAACCACCGAUCAUCCCAAAAUGUCAGUCGACGAUUUCCACCUCCUGAAAGUGCUCGGGAAAGGAUGCAUGGGCAAGGUAUUACUUGUUCGGUCCAAGGCCGAUGAUCAGCUGUAUGCUCUUAAAGCGAUCAAAAAGAAUUGGGUCAUUCAGCAAAAAGAAGUGCUUCACACCAAAGCCGAACGUAAUAUUUUGGCCCAAUUGCGUGGUCAUCCUUUUCUUAUUACGCUUCAUCAUGCUUUCCAAUCGCCCUCGCAGCUUUUUCUCGUGUUGGAUUACUAUGCGGGCGGAGAUAUUGCGACGCAAAUGUCGUUGUGUUCGACCUUUUCCGAAUCACGCACGAAAUUUUAUGCGGCGGAAAUUCUAAUGGGUCUGUCGUUCCUUCACGGUCACGGCAUCAUUUACAGAGAUCUGAAGCCGGAAAACGUCUUGAUUGGCAGCGAUGGUCACAUUGUGCUCACGGAUUUCGGACUCUCCAAAGUGUUCCCUUCAUCCCACGGUUUACCCAUGACGCAGACCUUUUGUGGCACAGCCGAAUAUCUUGCUCCGGAAGUCCUUCUUGGAGAACCUUACUCGUACAUGGUUGACUAUUGGAGUUUCGGAACGCUACUGUACGAAAUGCUUUCUGGCAUUACCCCCUUUUGGGCAGAAACCCACAUGGAAAUGUAUCGACGUGUAUUGGAAGAUCCACUCGAGUUUCCACCUCAUUUUGACGCAGUAACAUGUGAUCUCCUGUGCGGGUUGCUUGAACGCGAAGCUUCGGAACGGCUGGGAUGGGGUGUAAAAGGUGCAGACCAGAUUAAACGCCAUCCGUACUUUGCAGGAGUGAAUUGGGAUGAAGUGGUUCAGAAAAAGUUGACACCUCCUUACGUGCCCGAGUUGGCGUCGGCCACUGACCUGGCCCACUUUGACGAGAUGUUUGUCAAUAUGACCCCCCGAAUUAGCCAAGCGUCCAAUGUCGAUACCACGGAAGAAGAUGACCCGUUUGAUCAGUUUACGUACGAUUCUCGUCAAUCGUGUCACCUAUUUCGCGAUCGGCCUCUCCCUUCGUCCGGAUCUCGAUCUUUGACUCGAAAAAAACCGCAACGACCGCAACGUAAACUGACGGAACCGAAUCUGCAUCAGCGAUUUUCAUCGUCGUCGUCCCUUUUAUCUUUUACCAGCGGCGAAGUGGUACAGCAUACGGAUACCAUGCCGUCAAUGUUAUUGGUGGCGAAAUCUCAACCUUAUCUCCGUAAACGGCAUAGUGCAGCGAUCUCAAUUCACUUGACAGACGGGCUGCAUGAACAACCCUUGCAUACAAUGAAGCGACGUCAAACCGGUUCCGGUGAUCCCGGUACCACAACAACCAUGGCGGCCAUCCCCACUACCGCAGGAGAAGCCUCAUCUUCCAACGCUACGCUUAAACUGCAAUCGCCGGCCAUUUCCAUGGAAGGUUCGUCCUCCAUUUAUAGUCGAUCGUCCAUGACCUUUUCAUCCGCUCACGAUGGGCCAGAAAGUAUCGCACGCGCAGAAAGUGAAGCCAGCGACGAUCAUACCAUUAUGCGGGGCAAGAACACAUCGUACGAACGACCUACAUGUCCUGUUCCCGGUCAAGUUCGACCGUCCAUCGCCCUCACUGCCAGUGAUACGCUUUCCUACGCUACAGGAUCGCUUCGCCACAGUCUGAUCGCUUCCACCGAUUCCUCCGAACUGACCCAACAACAACGACCCGCUUCCGUAUGCUCAUAAAAAUCAUUAUUUCAUCUCGCUCACCUUUUUAAUUUUUUUCAUACACUCCUCCACCUUUUUUCUAUGCCACCUCUUAAUUGUCUUUCAUGCACAAGAACCAUCUUCCCCGCCUCGCCCUCCAAAAAAAAGGAAGAAAAAAAAAAGUUCACAAGAUUAUGUUUCCAUUUUGAACCACGCCUAAAAAAAUAGUUUGGAUAUGCUCACCUCAUUAGACAGCCCCAUUUUUUAUAAGCAAUUUCUCUCUAAUCUCUAGAACAUUUGCAAAUACGCCAUCGUCAUCCCAUAAUGUGGAUCCCCGUCCUCGUAAUAAAUAAAAUGU